AUGUCCGCACUUUUCAACUUCCAGUCCCUCCUGCUCGUCAUCCUCCUCCUGAUCUGCACAUGCGCCUACGUACACCAGAUGUUCCCAACGAUAUUAGAUCGGAACAAGCAGGGGUUGAUGGGCAUUUUCUGGAAGGCUGCGAGGAUAGGGGAGAGGCUCAGUCCGUAUAUGAGUCUCUGCUGUGUGGUCAUGGCCGUCUCCAUGUUCGUCGGCACCUAG